AUGGCUGCCCCGGCGGCCUGCACGCGAUUCUCUGACAACUACGACCUCAAGGAAGAAUUGGGAAAAGUGCAACCGACCUUUGAGCCCCAUCACCCCGCCUUAAGUAUACCACUCCUCAGCUGUCGAGAGGUUCGUCUUCCACCAGAGGCGAAGAGAAGUUGGAGAAAGCGAAAGGGGAUCAUAGGUCGGUGCGGAGCUGCUCGGAGCCCCAGGGGUGGGGGUAGAUCAAUACCUCGGGUUGGGUUCUCUCUAUUGUCUAUCUCUUAUCUAUCCCAGGCCCAUACAUUUAUUUAUCUAUUUGUGUAUCCGACAUGCUCUGGCGUCCAGUGCGUAUCUCCACCUCCUACUUGA